AUGGCGUCUUCCCAGGCUCUCGACAGCCCCGACCACUAUACCGUCGCCUGGAUCGCUGCCCUUUCGAUCGAACGAGCUGCUGCUGAGGCGAUGCUAGACGAGGAACAUGCGACACCGGCGGGCUUCAUCAAACACCACACCGACAAAAACGUCUACACAUGGGGCCGUAUAGGACAGCACAACGUCGUUGUCGCCAGUCUCCCGGCUGGGGUCUACGGGACCACAUCGGCUGCGACAACUGCAUUGAGCCUCCUUGCCUCUCUCCCUUCUAUUCGCGUUGGCCUCUUGGUUGGCAUAGGCGGUGGCAUCGCCCGGCCGGACGAGGGCCAAGAUAUCCGCCUCGGCGAUAUCGUGGUGAGCCAGCCUGAUGGGACGACGGGUGGGGUCUGUCAGUACGACUUAUUCAAGGCAAAGCACGGUAACAAGAGGGAACGUAAAGGGUUCCUCAGACAGCCUCCGACAGUGCUGCUCAGUGCGCUUGCUAGUAUCCAGGCUCGCCAUAAGCGGGAAGACUCGAAGGUCACCGAUUUCGUGCGAGAAAUGUUGGAGAAGUAUCCCAAGAUGGGAAGAAGAAGCAGGAAGGAUCCCGGCUUUGCCUAUCAAGGUACUGAAAACGAUCGUCUCUUCAAGGCUUUGUACGACCAUGUUCCCGGGCCGGGAUGUCAGGACUGUGACGCCGCUGGCGAAGUCCAACGUGACGCCCGAGACUCUACCGACCCUGAGAUUCAUUACGGCAUCAUCGCAUCAGGAAACACGCUUAUCAAGGACGCGACAGCGCGCGACCAGAUUGUUGCUGAUGUCGGCGAGGACUGUCUCUGCUUUGAGAUGGAGGCAGCCGGCCUCAUGAACCAGUUUCCAUGUCUCGUGAUCCGGGGCAUUUGCGACUACGCUGAUUCCCACAAAAACGACCAGUGGCAACAGUAUGCGUCAGCAACGGCGGCCGCCUAUGGGAAAGAGCUCCUAUCAUAUGUGCCGGUGGCAGAGGUGCGGGAUACCAAGCGAGCACUGGAUGUGCUUGAGUCGGUUGAUCACAAACUCGAUCACUUGGAGCAGACAACUUUCGAAACGAAAGCCGCUGUUGUCUGCAUUGCAUCCGAACGCCACGCAGAUAAGAUCGCAUCUUGGCUUCAGCCGCCUGACCCGUCUACUAAUGCUAAUCAAGCGAGAAAGCUCCGUCAUGAGGGAACGUGUAUGUGGUUCUUGGAGCAUCCGGCUUUCAAGUCGUGGAGCACCGGCCCACGCCGGUACUCGUGGCUACAUGGACUUGCUGGAUGCGGCAAGACGGUUCUCAGCACGACGAUUCUGGACCAUCUCGCCAGUGACGAAGAUCGAGUGGUCCUCAGUUUCUUCUUCGACUUCAGCGACACCCGAAAACAGAAUUUGGAUGGCAUGCUUCGGUCUCUGGCUUUUCAACUGUACCAAAGCACGACGACUGGUACAUCACGAUUGGACGACUUAUUCAAGAAUCAUGACAAUGGUAGGUGCCAGCCUGCUACGAAGGCGAUCUCGGGUGUCGUUUGCGAGAUGCUUGCUGCCAGCACAGGGGUUUGUGUCGUCCUAGAUGCCUUGGAUGAGUCAACGACCAGACGCGAGCUACUGAAAUGGCUGGAAGACGUUGCAGCUAGGCCGGAUCUGGGCCACGUACAGCUGCUUUGCACAGCCCGCCCUGAACCGGAGUUCCUGGUGCGGUUUGAUCGCAUGAUGGGGAAGGAAAGUUGCAUUUCGCUUGAUAGAGAGGCGGUCAACACCGACAUCCGGGCGUAUGUUGCAGGGCAGCUCGCGGCCCGAUGGGAGUUCCAACAGAAACAUCUAUCGCAGGACCUCAUCGAACAGAUCGCGAAGAAGGUUGGAGGCGGAGCCGAUGGGAUGUUCAGAUGGGCCGCCUGCCAGGUAAACAGUCUUGCCGAAUGCAAAAGCCCCAGAAUGAUCCGAGACGCGCUCCAACACCUACCGAAGGAUCUGGAGGAAACUUAUGAGAGAAUGUUGUCCAAUAUCCCUAAACGCGACAAAGACAACGCCAUACGCCUGUUACAUUUUCUCGUUCACACACCUCGGCCUCUCGUGGUAAACGAGGCCAUUGAGAUUCUGGCCACGGACAUAAGGACGCAACAGCCAGGCUUUGACAAGGAAAGCAGAGUAUUCGGGGAGAGCGAAGUACUCGGCCAUUGCCCGAGCCUGAUGUCCAUCGUUGAAGUGACGGAGCGUAUGCAUUAUUCAGGAGGGGGAUUCCUUGAGCUAGAACCAAAAAAGCAGCUGCAUCUCGCCCACUUUUCGGUGAAGGAGUAUCUUCGCUCUCUGGAAUGGUUCGGCCCUUCGGUGAGCGGCGUUACUAUCACGAAGACUUGCCUGACAUACCUACGGGGCGUUUCCGGGAACCACAAAACCAUUGUGGGUGACUAUCCCUUUGCAAAACUAGCAGCAGAAAUCUGGACGAGCCAUGCUGCUUUAUCGCAGAGUUGCGAAGAGGUGUUUCAGGCAUCGCUUGCAUUCAUAAAGGAAGAGGAGACCUUUCAGCGAUGGGGCCACUUGCAUCAAGCUGACUGGCAAUCGCCGGGGGACCCCUCCCCUCCGCAAGGAUCCAGAUUCUACUACGCCUGCCUUGGGGGUUUGACGAGGGUAGCGCAAGAAUUGAUGCGAUGGGGCGUGGACGUCAACGCGGAGGGUGGCUAUUGCAAUAAUGCGCUGCAGGCCGCCUCAUUCGGUGGUCACUACGAUGUUGUGAAGAUAUUAUUAGAUGAGGGCGCGGAUGCUCAUAAGAAGGGCGGCAAAUACGGAAACGCACUGCAGGCGGCCUCGCACAGGGGGCAUAUUGGCGUUGUGAACCUGCUCCUGGAUAAGGGGGUGGAUAUGAACUCGCGGUGCGGCGAGUAUGGAAACGCACUUCAAGCGGCCUCAUACAGAGGCCAUAUCACCAUCGUGAAACUGCUCCUGGGGCAGGGGGCGAAUGUCAACGCAUUAGGUGGACUUCACGGCACUGCCCUCUCUGCCGCCUCAAAGCAAGGGCACAUCGACGUCUGGAAGCUGCUUGUGGCAAAGGGGGCAGACAUUUGCGCGCGGGGCGGUCGUUGGGGUAAUGCCCUGCAGGCUGCUUCGACAUUUGGCCACAUCGACAUUGUGAAGCUUCUCGUGGAGAUGAGGAUGGACGUCAACACGCCGGGCGACGAUUACCACCAUACCGCCCUGUCCGCCGCGUCGAAUGGAGGCUAUACCGACAUUGUGGAGCUGCUCUUGGCACAUGAGGCGGACGUCACCGCCGGCAACGCCCUGUGGUUUGCCUCAGAAAAUGGCCACAGGAAGAUCGUGGAGCGUUUGUUAAAAGGGGGGGCAGAAGUCAACAGGACGUACAGUGAUGGCACUCCUCUGUACAUCGCCUCGCGACACGGUCAUGCCGAAACCGUUAAGCUGCUCCUGAAAUGGGGGGCGGAUGCUAACACACGGAGCGGCUACUUUGGUGGCGCUUUGCCAGUCGCUUCGCAAAAUGGUCAUGACAAUGUUGUCAAGGCAUUGUUAGAUGCGGGCGCCGAUCCCAACGCACAGGGCCGCCAGUACGAUAGUCCUCUGCAGAUCGCGUUGUGUGAAGGAAGGAUUGGGAUCGCCAGGCUGUUGCUGGACAAAGGAGCGAAUGCCAAUACGCCGAGCAAUGAUGGCUACGACAAUGCUUUGCGAAAGGCGUCGAUUCAUGGUUGGGGAGAUAUGGUGAAGCUGUUGUUGGACGAGAUUGGGGCCGACGUGAACGCGCAGGGCGGUAACGCUCUACAGACUGCCUCCUCCAACGGCCACGCCGACAUUGUGAAAUUACUCCUGGAUAAGCGGGCAGACGUAAACGCCCAAGGUGGCGAGUACGGAAACGCUCUGCGGGCUGCUACAGAGAACGGUCGGUUUGAGGUUGUGAAGAUUCUUCUGGAUUCGGGGGCAAUUAUCGGGGACUCUAUGUGUGCCGCCAUCAAGGGAAAUCACGACGACAUCGUGAAACUGCUCCUGGAGAGGGGGGCGGAUGUCAAUGCGCGAAGCGGCCAGUACGCGAGUACUUCGGACUUUUACUCGUUCUGGGCACAAAAAGAGACGCACAACGAUACGAAUGCCACUGCUCUGGAGAUGGCCUUGUCCAGAGGUUAUUUCGGUAUUGCGGAGCUACUCUUGGGGCAGGGUGCGAACGUUGAAGCAAAUGCUGUGCGGGCCGCCGCCUCCCACAGCCGUAUUGAUAUUGUGAAACUGCUCUUAGAGAGGAGGGCGGUUGACGGCGACCUUGACGAUGCUCUGCGAGCUGCCGUGUCUAGUGGUCACUUGGGCAUGACCAAACUGCUAUUGGAGAAAGGGGCGAGCGUCAAAGCAAAUGCUGUACAGGCCGCUGCCUCCCACGGCCGCACCGAUAUCAUGAAAUUGCUCUUGGAGAAGAGGGCGGUCAAUGACGACCUCGACGAUGCUCUGCGAGCUGCUGCUUCUAGUGGUCACUUGGGCAUUGCCGAACUGCUAUUGGAGAGGGGUGCAAAUGUCAAAGCAAAUGCUAUACAGGCCGCUGCCUCCUACGGCUGUAUCGAUAUCAUGGAAUUACUCCUAGAGAAGGGGGUAGAGCUCAACCCCCAGGAUGGCGACUUCGACAAUGCUCUGCAGGCCGCUGCGUCUAGCAGCCACUUCGGCAUUGCCAAACUGCUAUUAGAGAAGGGGGCAUACGUCAGUGGAGACGCCAUACGGGCCGCUGCGGCCAGGGGUAAUGGCAACAUUGUGGAGUUGCUCUUGGAGAAGAGGAUGAAUCUCCACGCCCGGAAUGGCGAACUCGACGAUGCUUUGCGAGCUGCGGUAUCUAGUGGCCACAGUCACGUUGUGGAGUUACUCUUGAAGAACGGAGCAGAUGCUAACGUACAUGUUGAUAUGUACGGCGAUGCUCUGCAAACUGCCUCGUGUGAUGGUAAAUUUGAUAUUGCGAAGCUGUUAUUACAGGGAGGGGCGAAAAUCAAAGCAGAGGGCGGCUUUUACGGCAAUGCUCUGGAAGCCGCUUUGUCCAAUUGCCACUGGAGCAUCGCCGAGCUGCUUUUUAAGAGAGGGGCUAGCAUUCAAGGCGGCGAUGGUUACUCUGCUUUGCGUACAGCGUUGGAGGAUGGUGAAGCCAACAUCGUGGAGCUUCUCUUGGAGAACGGGUCAUUUCUCGGCGCGGAGGGCGGCAAUUAUUGGCCUCUCCUACGAACAGCGUCGGAGAAAGGCGACACCGGUAUCGUAAAGUUGGUCCUUGAGAAGUUGACGGAUUUUGAUGCCGAGAGCGGUAAUCUCAACGAUGCCCUACGGGCCGCUCACAACAAGGGCUUUGGCGAUAUCGUAAAGAUGCUCUUGAAGAAAGUCGCGGAUACCACCACGGAGGGCAAUGGGUUUGGGUUUGCUCUGGAGAUCGCCUCGGAGAGGGGUCAUUCCGACAUAGUGAGGUUACUCCUGGAAAAGGGAUCGGAUCUCGGCGCGCAGAGUGCAGAGCUGGAUAAGGCUUUGGAGGCUGCUCACAAAAAAGGCUACAGUGACAUCGUGGAGAUGCUUGAGGAAAGAGGGGCAACUAGGAGUUGA